CUCUUUUCCCCCAUUAAGAGCGCAAGGGUGAGGAGGACCCAGGUGUCCUGGCUCUCAGCCUCUUUCUGUACACACUGUUUCCAGGAUAGAUAAAUCUGGGAAAUGUUACUUUUUUGGGGCUACAACUCCCAGAAUCCCCAGCCAAUAUGCUGUCUGGGAGGAUUCUGGGAACUGUAGUCCAAAAAGUAAUAUUUCCGAGUUCGAAGGCUGUAUUUUGGAGAACUAGUGCGGUGUGGUGGACAGAAUGACGGACUGGGCCUCAGGAGGCAAGGGGUUCGAAUCCCGUAUUCAGACAUGGAAGCUCACUGGGGGAGUGGAACUUGCUAAAAGCUCUCCUUAAUUAGGAUCACUGUAGGUCAGUUCUAAUUUGACGGCAUAUAACAGUAAUAGCUACAUUGUAACAAAAUUUUCCCUUCUGGCCUCCCGGCGCAAGGGUCAGCCUCGGGAGUUCCGGGAUCUCUCCCGCUCUUCCACCUGGACCCAUAGCCCGAGCCCACCUGGUUUAAGGGUUUGGGAUCCUAGUACCGUUUCAUCCCACACACCCAACUUUCUUCCCAUCCUCGUUCGAGCACCGCUCCGUGCCGGGUCAUCGAAGCACUUUCCCGCAGCUGCAGGAGAGGGGACUCGGAAAUGAGGGCUGAUCGACUCUCGCCGAUUCGGAGCCAGGAACCUUGGGGACCCCGGAGUCCGGGUGUUCUCACCCCGAGAAAUGAAUCCAGGACUCCGGGGUGUCCGUGUCGUCUCCCCUUCCCUCCCCCUUCCCAGAGCGGAGAAUCAUUGGACUCUGAUUCGACCGAUGCCCUUUUAUCUCUGAACCAGAAGAAGAUCCAGGGAUUCGGGUUCUUUCCCUAAACCCUUCUAAGAGCACCCCACGCACACGCACACACUCCUGUGACACGAGCCGGACCCUCUUCCCCUUCCCCUCGCACGCUCCCACACUCCCACCAGGAGGAUUCAGGACGCCCUGCCGGGAACUUCCCUCCUUGCAAACGGAGUAGGGGAAAGAAAAAGAAAAAAAAGCUCGAGCGGAGCGAGCGGAGGACCCAGGCGUCCGGGCAUCCGGCUCCGCCUUCUGGUCUCUCCAUGUGACGGGCGCCGUCACCGCUGCAUCCCCGACGAGGUAACCGGCGGCCUGCGGGGCUCCGUCGGAGGCAGGAAGAGGCGAGGAUCCGCCCCCUCCUUCCCUCUCCCGCACUUUCACUCCCGCCUGCCCCCCCACUCACUCUCACACACACACUCACUCACACACACACCCCAUCCCCCCUCCCCAGCACACCCCGAAGCCACCCACGCCAAGUGGAAACGCGGUCCUCCAGGCGACCAGGGGGCCUGGCGGGGGACACCGGACCAGCCCGCCCGCCCGCCAGCCACCCACGCGCGAAGGCCCACUUCUGUUCCCCCAUCGAUCCCGACAGCAACUCGAAGCCGCCCAGGAAGCGGGACCGGUCAGGAGGAGGCGAACGGGGUCCAGUGCCUAGGGGGUGGUCCGGUGGUGGUGGUGGUGCUGGAAAGAGGAGGAGGAGGAGGAGAAGAAAAGGUGCCCUGGCGAAGAGCGGGCACUCCAGACGCCGGCAACGACCUGGGGAGAGAAAAGAGCAAGCGGGGGUAGGAGCCGAUCCCCCACACCCGCCGCUGGGAAGCAGGAAGCGGACUGGGAGCCCACCCACCCCCGAGGGCGGCCGAGCUGGGGGGCCCCGCCCAGCCCAUGGAGCCGCCCGGGUCCGGCGCCGGGGGUGCUGCCAUGCUCACUGUCAUGGAUCCUUCUGUCACUCUAUGGCAGUUCUUGCUACAGUUGCUGGAGCAACAGAGCAAUGGUCACCUCAUUGCAUGGACAUCCAAUGACGGGGAGUUCAAGCUCGUUGAUGCAGAAGAGGUAGCACGACUCUGGGGGCUGCGGAAGAACAAGACCAACAUGAACUAUGAUAAGCUGAGCCGGGCCUUGCGUUACUACUAUGAUAAGAAUAUCAUCCGUAAAGUCAGCGGGCAGAAAUUUGUCUACAAGUUUGUCUCUUACCCAGAACUCUCAAACAUGGAAGGUGUGAAGGACGAGGGAGGAACGAAAAGGCCCGAGCAGGUUCAGAGCGAGGCCAAAAUGGGCGAGGGGCCGUUUGGGACCCCCAAAGCCCCCCGUGGGGGUGGGAGUGCCCCACGCAGCAGUCGAAAUGAAUAUAUGCGCUCCGGGCUCUAUUCCACAUUCACUAUUCAGUCGCUACAGACGCCUUCGCCUGCUGGACGGGUGGCCCGCCAUGAGGCAGAGCCCCUGGCUGUGGUGCCACCCCCAGCUGUUCCUGCCCCUGAACCACCCCCUCCUUCCUUGGCUCCAGUUGAAGAUCUCCCACAGCUUCACAUCAGCAUUGAGGAACCCGAGGAGCUGCAGGAGCCCUUGCAGGUCAUGGUGGAGCCCACCCCACUGGAGACUCCACCGCUUGAUGAGAAAGUGCUGGUGAAAGUCGAAGAGAGUCUUGACCUUCAAGAAGAGGCAGCUGCUCUGCUGGUGGUCAUGGAUGCUGCAGUCAAGGAGGAAACCCCACUUGUUGAGGAAACUCCUCUGGAGAAGGUGUCCUUGGAGGCUGAGUUGCAGGAGGAAGGAGCUGGACUGCCAAAAGACGACACGCAGCCCCCGUCCGUUGCCACAGUGAAUCUUGAAGGACAGCCCCAGAAGGGCAAGAAGCCCAAAGUCCUGGAGCUGCCUUCGCUGCCAACCCAGGAGAAAGUAAACGCAGCAGUGAACAGCCUUCUGGCUCCAGGAGGGACAGGGAGUACUCUGACCCCAACCACAGUGAUCUCUUCUCAUGCACUGACCCCAGUUCUUCUCACUCCGAGUUCCUUGCCACCCACUAUCCAUUUCUGGAGCACCCUGAGCCCCAUCGCACCACGCAGCCCAGCCAAGCUCUCCUUCCAGUUUCCUAGCAAUUCCAGCUCACAAGUCCACAUCCCAUCACUCAGCGUCGAUGGACUCUCCACUCCUGUCGUCCUCUCUCCUGGACCCCAGAAGCCAUAACGUUUCCUCUGCCCAUUGCAGUCUCCCUAUUUCUUGCUGAAGAGCUGGCCUGAGUUUCUUUCCCAGCGUGUGGGAUCACUUCUCCAGCUAGACAGCUAACGUGUCCCCUUCACCGACCGGAAGAAGGCUUUCUUCAGUCUCCGGACCAGUGACCUGCUUGCAGGGGCAACGUGCGGCAUAGCGAGCAGAUCCAUCCACUGGCCUUGGAUGUGACAGGAUUCUCCUUUGGAGCCAAAUGAUGCCUCCUUUACACCAAGAAGUUGGUGUGCCGCGCUGGCCUCCUUCUCGAACGUUUAAUACAGCCCUCCAAUACCUCUUUGGGGCAAAAGGGAGAUAACCUCUUUUAUUUAGUCUCCUCUCUUAUUAAGGGGUUGUCUUUGUUCACCUUUGAUAUGGCCGUGUGGGUUCCUUUUUUUGGUUUCCUCUGUCUUAGCAUUCAGACUUGUAACAGAGAUGACUUUUGGUGGCAAUCCAAGGCCAAAAAGGCCAUUUCAUUCCCUCUGCCCUCCAAGAUAACAUGAACAUCUUGUUUCAUCCCAUUCUUUCCUUGCCUGGAUUGGUUUGGGGCUAGCUAAGUCACAAUGCACAAUUUGCACUAUAGCCCCGGCAAGCCUUGUGCAUUUUAGCUGGAUGUAGGUGGCAGAGUCAACGUCAGCCAUAUUUAUUUUCGCUGUGCGAUUCUUUCAGCGAUGGGUGGAUGAUGAUCAGAAGGCAAGUGUGUUGUGUCCUCUUUGUUAUGAGAGGCCUAGAUAGUUAGGAUGAAGAGUUUUAAGCCAUUUUUUUGUUUUUGGCUGAAUGAGGACCAUAGUGCUGUGUCUCUUGUGGCUGAAUGAAGAUGAUGAAGCACUGCUGAGCAUGAAAAAUCUUCAUAUGUUAUGAAAAAAGAAGUGUUGGAACAGGCCAUUAUUUCCCUUGGCUUAACAAAAGAGAAGGGAGGGAGGAUUGUUUGCUGUGCAACACAGUAGGAAGAAGCACUGCCAGUCUUACUGUGUUUUGCUAGAUGAGGUAGCAGUGUCAGCCAUGUUUGUUUUGGCUAACCCUGGUUUAUUGAGAUGGGGAUGUUCUUGCCGUUUCUUUCCGUUGUAUCAGAUUCCACCUCUGAUAUCAAGACUACAGCUGAGGAAGUCUCUGUCGUUUCCACCCUCGUCGAUGUACUUCCUACAGGUCCACGGUUACCAGUCCAUCAGCGUGGAGACCAGAGAACAGAAACGCCGCGAUUGAUUCCUGAACUUUCUCUCUUUGUUGAGGAAUGGUUUCUUUAAUUUAUUUCCUGAGGAUCAAAGGCCACUGCUGAAAUCACCAAAGGGAAGGUCUUAAUGCUCUCUGUGGAUGACUGUUUCCUGUGAUUUCAUUUCCUUCAUGUUUGGAGAAGCGUUAAGACAUUAGUCAUCUUGCAAGGCAAUCUUAACUCGUUGAUCGGUCACUGAAGAGGGAGCCCUGCUUCACAUACCUCUUAAGUUUCCUACAAGUUUUCAAGUUUUGAAUCACCAUGGGAGCAGCAGCACUCACAAAUGGCCCACCCUGUAUCCUCUUCCUGCAACCCCCCCCCCAAAUGGAGAGGGACUACCUUUGGAAACAGAGCUGGCCUGCCUCUUUCUUUGGCUCCUGCAAAAGGGCUGUGUCUCUUUGUACGAGGUGGGUUUAACGUAACUAAAACUCCUCAGCUGGUGACAAUUGCAUCACUUACCAAUUGUGUUGGGAAGCAGUUCUUCCCAUAGGUAUUUAUUUGUGACACAGAGGAGAGGCCAUUUCAGAAAUAUCCUAUGAUUCAUAAUAAUCAGAAUUCCCAGCACCUUCUAUUUUUUCUCUCUCACACAGAGUAUAAUAUAUCUAUUCACAGAUUUUUAUCUAUGACCAAGAGGGUCGUACAAAGAGGAAAAUAAGAUGGCUUUAGAGCUAUAUCUAUCUUUUUGUCUGUUUUUGAUAUCUAUUUUUUACAGUGGGGGUGGGAGAGAGGGAGUUCUUUUAAAGCAAAAUGGGAAAGGGAAGCCUUUGGUUCCCUAAUUUGUGUCUGGCUAUUUUUAAAUGGAAGAAAGAUCAUAGAGCAUAUUGUUCAGCACAGUGGCUUUCAAACUGUUGCCAGAAAGUUUCUUUAAUGGCGGACUGUAAGAGAGAGAGAGAGAUGGCCUGCCGUGAUCAAGUUUUCCCUGGUCCUGGUAGUAUGUUGUGUAUGUUUGAGGGCAGUCUUUCCCACCAGAUGUUUUGAACUACAACUCCCAUGCUCCUCAGCCACCAUAAUCAACAUGCCCUGGAGUCCUCUGGAGUAUUAGGGACUUAGUGGCAGAUUCUCAGCUGUUCCUCAGCACACAUUUUGCAGAAAGGGCUGUGAGACUAUCACAAGAGACAAACUAUAGGGAGGUAAGCUGUGAGGAAAGGGUGGGGGGCAGUACCCCCCCCGCCUUCUCACCUGUUGCUGUUAUAAAACCCUCCCACUCUUUUGUGUGGACAAUACAGGUCUAAGUUGUAAAACAUCCGCUACCUUUCUGUCCAGUUUGGCCCUGACUUGCUUUUACUCAGUUGUAAAGUUAGAAGUAAUAAGGCUUAUUUCCUUGAGCUCCUUCAUAACAGAUGAGGUAGAACCCAUCAGUUGCAGCUUCUGGUGUCUGGUCAGAUGAAACACGUUUACUUUACAGCAAGAGGAAGCUGAGACUUGAUAUGAGGCCCAAGGACAGCUUUGUGGUUGGCAGAUGUGGGGGCAAUUUUAACCAGACAGAUGUGGUUAAUUUUAAUCAUCCCUUUGUGUAGCAUUUAAUAGUUGUAACGAGUAUAUUUUUUGCACUUCCAUAUUACCUCCUAUGGGGAGAAAUCUUAAGUGCUUUACAAGGGGUGGUUUACAGAUUUAUUGAAUAAAUUAAGGCACUUUGUGUAAACAGCAAUCUGCAUAUCAAUCAGGUACAAACCAUGAGUGUUAUUAUGGAUAAAACUGUGUGUAAAUCAUAUGUGAUUUGUGUAUAAAGUAAGCUGUGCUUUAAAGCAAACUGUGAAUACACCAUGCAUAAGCCAUGAGUAUAAUAAUAGCAAACCAUGGGCAAAGAAAUAAAAUGCAUCGUGGCUGAACCUUCAGCAAAGCACGAGCAAGGGCAAAAGGAACUCUGGUGAGAUUGUGUGCAACCCACAAGUACAUCACGAGUAAAUAAUUGUAAACAAUGGACUUGCUAUGUAACUUUAUAAAUAACUUGUGGUUUCGCUGUAGACAUCCAACAUGCAAACCACAGGUAAGCCAUGAGUAAACAAUCAGUAAAAUGCAAUUUUUGUUCCAUGUAAACUGUUAAGUGAAGUAUGGUUACGUUUGGUGUACACCAUAUGCAAACAAUGAGUAGGUCAUGUAAGCCAUGUUUGGCCUGUGGUCAAGCCGUGUGGAAGCCUGUGUAAUCCUUAAACCAUUUGAGCAUGGUUUUCUCAAACAGGCUCCCUCCACAUGGGACUUCUCUCUCUUUCUCUCUCAUAGAGGUGCCAUUGGGUUUCCCCCCAGUUUUAUUGAGAGCACCCAGCAGAGUAGCUUUAUAAACUUUUUUUUUUUUUUUGGCAUAGGACGAAUGGCCCCUUUGGCGCUCUCCAUCCUGAACAUCUGUCUUCAGGGUUAAUUGCUUUAAAGUCCCUGGGGGACUCGGGAGAGUGUGGCUCUCAGGAGCAAAGCAAGGGCUCUGCCGUCCUAUGCUUUUUGUCCUCCCUCCCUUCUACUUGCGCAGCUGUCAGAAACAUUUACGCUAGAGUAGAAGCAAAACAAUGUCUGUAGCCAUAAUUCGUGCUGACCCAUGUGAUGAAAGGAUCCCCCCGCGUGGUAGCAUGUUCAAGGGGUAAGUGCAAAAAAAUAUUUUUUAAAAUGUAAAAACUUUUUUUAAAAAAGAAAAGAAAAGAAAAUGAUGCCAAGAAAGGAUGUCGGUAUUUCCCCAUCAAAAUAUCUUCCUUACUCACAUUCCAUUAUUUGCAAUAGAAGUAGCCCUGGAGAAUUCAAUGAGGUUAAAUUCUUUUGUAUCAAAACAAUCAGACUAAUAUUUAAAGAAAAAAAUAGUUGGGCUGUGUUCUAACAAGGAGUUAACUUCAUUCAAUCCAGAGCCUCUCACAAUUUAGGAGCUCUGUUCCUAUCUGGAGUUAAGUGAGUGGGUCAGUAAGGCUUCUCAGAGGAUUUUUCAGGGGACCGGGCGGUUGAUUUCCACGGAGAGGAACUCCAGUGAGUCACCAAGUCCGAAUCCUUUCACACACGUACAGCUUAGGGAAAAGGAGGAAUGGUGAAACACUCAUCCGUUUGGCAAGCCAAAAAGCAGCAGUGCUUUCAUUAAAAUACAAUACUAAUAUAAUUUCCUCAUACAGUACAAUGCCAGAUGCACUCUUUGACAGAAUAGACAUGCGGAAGUGGCGAAAUGGAGCCUAUUUGUUACUUAUUAUUAAUAAAAAGCUUGAGAAACCUCACUCCUUAUGGAGGGAAGAGCUCCAGCUCUUUCCACGACAUCUACUCAUAGUUUUUCUCCUUUGUUUCUCUCUCAACCCCAUGUUCAGUCUGGCAGCAUUGGGUUUCCCAAAGCCCCACUUCUUGCAGUUCCCAUACCAGUAGCCUCAACCAUGGUUGAGUGACACAGCAGGUUUCCCAGUGAACUACUUUUUCGCUUAAUUCUUCCUUCUGAUUCCAGUUCCUGGACUAGAGAGGGCAAGAAGGAGCAUUACAUUGCCUUCUUUCUCCUUCCUAUUAGAGACUCAAAACUUCAGUUUCUUGUCGUUUCCUGGUAGGUCCUAAACCAACAGCACCAUACAAGUGUGAACAUAAGCAUAGUGUUGAAGUGGCCCUUAGGUAGAGGUAACCAGCCAACAUAAUACAUGGGAUGGGUGGAAGGUCCAGUCUUUUUCCCCCCCAUGGGGGAAAAGUGGCUUAUAAAUAAUUUCAAAAAUUAAGAUAAAUCAAUUUCCAUAACAUAAAAUUCCACCAAGAUCCUUUCCACUCAGUGGACAAACUAGCAUGAUCUCAUUACCGAAUGUUCCUAAAGUUACUUUUUUGGACUGUAGCUCCAGAAUUCCCCAUCCAGCAGGGACAUUUUCCAGUCUCUAGAUUUGAGCCACAGCUAUAAAAUUCUAGAACUACAAUUAUAAAAUUCCAAUAAAGUUUCAAGUAAAUACUGUAAGACUGUGGUAUCUGCAGGGGAGAGGUUCCAAGCCCACCCACCCCCCGCUAUGCUGAACAUUGAAGUAGUGAACUCUCUGUAUGUCGCAUGGUCUCUGGCUACCUCUAGUGACCAUUUCUUGUAAAUACAUCUCUGAAAUACACAUAAGUAUUUCUGGGAUUUUUUUAUUUAGUAUUUUUAGCCAGAGGAUAUGUGAAUCAACGGAUCCUGAUCCUAUGAAUAAGGGGUGGUGGUUUCCUACUCUAUACUGACUUGUUCUGUGGAUGUAGAAGGGCGGGUCGGCUCAAAGAAGCUGGGUGACCGCUAACAUGGCUAGUGAACAGGUUUUGUUCCCAUCCCAACAUUGUUUGCAAAGGCAGUAUUUUUGGUAUUCACCCAUAAAGGAGAAAUAAAAUCGAUGCACUUCCUGACUGGUGUUGGGACUCGGAUAGGCCUUUCUUCCUACUGUGGAUGAUGGCAGCCAUUAAGAAUUGAGAACUGCGCUUGCCUGCAAAUCUUUACUUCCUGCUCCCACCAGGCCAUGAUAGAACACUGAAUGCCGGCUUUUGUGUUUGAGAAUUCUGAAGCAGUUUUCAGAGCAAAAUGCUUCACAAUCUACUCUUAAAAAAUAGAGAAGAGA